CCACGCUGAUGUAUGUACGUAUUUUAUUGCAUUACUAGGUAGGGGAAUCAACAAUGACACAGGAAAACCACUUGGCAAUGAAAAGCUCGGGGCACCUGUUCAAUGAGUGGGAGAUCCGGCUAUUGGUGCUUCUUAGCUUCACAAUGCAGCUUUUUCUUUUCUUUGUUGGUGGCCUCCGGCGGCGUAUCACUAACAGCGCCCUCAGAUUUUCAAUCUGGCUAGCUUAUGUGGGAGCAGACAUGGUAGCUGUUUAUGUCCUGGGCCUCAUCUCUCGCGUGCACCUGGAUGCCACCACGGAAAAUCAUCAUCACCUGGCUUUUCUUUGGGCACCCUUCCUCCUCAUACAUCUCGGCGGACAAGAUACCGUCACUGCUUUCGCCAUUGAGGACAUCAGCCUCUGGCUGAGGCACUUGUUGAAUCUUGUUGUCCAAGUCUCCCUCACCCUGUACAUCUUUUGGAAAUCGACCAAUGGUCUGAAUAUACAGGAGCUUCUUCUUCCAACCAUCCUCCUGUUUGUUUCGGGAAUGAUCAAGUAUGGGGAGAGGACAUGGGCUUUGUGUUGUGGCAGCCUCAUAAACAUCGCAGAGUUCCCUAUCCCACAAUAUCUGACAGAUUUAGACAAGAUCCAUGUGGGUUCUACUUCUUCUUCCUAUUCUGGCCUUGUUUCCAAGGCUUUGUUUUCCAUAAAAGAGGUGCGUUGGAUUUUUUCUAGUUACAGUCCUUUGGGAACAGAUCUCAGCAUGAAUUCAGAUCUACUACUUCCAGACUAUGCAGCCAAGUUAUUUGAGACCAUGGAGAUUGAACUCGGGCUGAUGUUCGACGACAUCUAUACCAAGGCGCAGGUGCUUCGAACAUGGGGUGGCAUCAUACUUCGGUGUCUCUCAGAUAUUUCCUUCUUAGCUGCUUUUGUGCUCUUCUCUGUAAGAAACAAGGAGAGACACAAUACCGUUGACACUGCAAUCACCUAUGUACUGUUUAUCGGCGGUUUCUCUCUGGAGGUUUUUGCUGUAUUUACCGCCAUGGUGUCACCAUGGAUUUGGGCAUGGCUAAAGACGCGGCACUGCAGCUUCCUUUCCUCCAUCAGCAUUAGCUGGCAGAGGAAAAGGGUGCUGUGGUCAAAAUCCAUGGGUCAGUACAGCCUGUUGAACUACCUGGGACAGUGCGACCAGCAGUCAAGUAAAGUGAUGGCGGUGGUCAGAAGAUUGGUGAAUGCAGUUUGCGGGCGAAAGCAGAAGCUCUGGGUCAGUAAGCUGUUGGACACCAAGUUCGUGGGGGUCGAUGAGAAGGUCAUGAGAUGCAUUGUGGAGAGGAUCAAGCAGUAUCAGUCUACAGAUGAAUCAAGCAUGCUCCCACAAUGGCCAAAUCUUGCUCCACUGCUUCAAAGGUCACUGCGGGUUCCCGAGGCGGAUUUUCAUUUCCCCAUUCUCGUCCUCCAUAUAUACACGGAGGUAAUGCUGAGCAGGUAUGCUCCCACCGCUACUGUGGACGGUGGUUUGGACCGCGUGUGCCGGACGAUAUCCAACUACAUGGUUUACCUUUGUGCCACGCACCAUGAAAUGCUGUCGGUCCAAAACAGUUCCAACCAAAGUGACCUAGCAUACAUCCUUCACAGAUUGUUUAGCGUGGGGACUAAUACUGACAUCACUAACAUCAUGCCUAAGGCGGUUGGGUUCUUGAUCGAUUGCCGUUUUCCGGUGCCCCCGAAGGUGUGUACAGAAGCACAUCUGUUGGAAAUCCGAGAUGCAUGGGUAGGGUUCCUCCUCCAUGCCGCCAGCAAGUCACGGCCGGAGAUGCAUGCGGCGCAGCUGGCCAGAGGAGGGGAGUUCCUCACCUUCGUUUGGCUGCUCAUGGCCCACUGCAAUCUCGGGAACUCUAGGGGCUGCCCAAUCGGGUUGCUACCUAUAAGUGGCGAUGUUCAGUGGCGCUGUGUCUUCCAUAUUCGCCCUCCACCACAAUCCUCAUAG